UGGAACAGCCGGGGAGCUCUCCAGUGCUUCCCACACAGCUGUUGGGGUACCCGGGGACAGGCUGCUGUUUCUGGAGCUGCUCCGAGGCCGGCAGGGUUCCAGCUGAGCAGCUUCGUCCUCCAGACCCCCAGAUGUUGGCAGGUGGCCCGUCGCCCUGGUCGCGAGCCCUGCUCCUCCCGCUCCUCCUGCUGGUGGCAGUGGUGAUGGCCUUCUGCAGCUCAGACGAGCGCCUGGAAGAAGACCGGCAUAUCCUGAUCCUGCGGGAGAGGGCGCUGCAGCUGGGGGGGCAGAUGGACCUGAACGAGCAGGAGGAGGCGGCCAACGCCAGGCUCAUGGCGCUCAAGGAGAAGGAGUUCAGGCAGGCGGUGAGGACGCGCCAGUUCCCGCCCAGCAUGCACUUCUUCAGGGCCAGGCGCCUCAUCGAGCAGAGCGAGGUCUUCCACAUCCUACGGGACAUGCCGAAAGGGGCCGCCUUACAUGUCCACGACUUCGGCAUGCUGACGAUGGACUGGCUGGUGCACAACGUCACCUACAGGCGUCACCUCUACUUCUGCAUGACCCCGAGGGGCAACAUGCAGUUCCGAUUUGCUGACCCAGCUCCCAGCAGCCUCCCGCCAGCAGCGUGCUCAGCGUGGACGCUGAUGGAGGAUUUUCGGAAGAAGGUGAAGAACGUCACUGAGUUUGAUGCUAGACUGCUGAAAACGUUCACUCUGGUGGACGACAACCCCGAGGUGACAUAUCCAAACCAAGAUGUGGUCUGGGCGAGGUUCAAAGCCAUCUUCUUCCGCAUCGCCGGCCUUGUGCACUUCGCACCCGUGUUCAAGGAGUACAUCGAGCGCAGCUUGGGGGAGUUCUACCAGGACAACGUGUUCUACCUGGAGAUCCGCGCCCGGCUGUUCCCGGUGUACGAACUCAACGGGGACACCCACGACCGUCACUGGGCGGUGAGGACCUACAAGGAGGUGGCCUGGAGGUUUGCGCAGAGGCACCCUGACUUUAUCGGAAUCAAACUCAUUUUUUCGGAUCACAGAGCCAAGAACGUCUCUCUCAUCACCGAGUCUGUCCGGGUGGCCAUGAGUCUUCGAGCCAAGUUCCCUAGGACGGUGGCGGGGUUUGACCUGGUGGGGCGAGAAGACUCCGGCCACUCCCUGUACCACCACAGGAAGGCCCUGAUGCUGCCAGCCAAGCACGGCUUCCACCUGCCUUACUUCUUCCACGCUGGAGAGACCGACUGGCAUGGCACAUGGGUGGACAAGAACCUUCUGGACGCCCUCCCGCUGAACUCCACCAGAAUCGGCCACGGGUUCACCAUGAGCAGACACCCGGCGGUCCGGUCUGACUCCUGGUAUAAGGACAUCCCCAUAGAAGUCUGCCCCAUCUCCAACCAGGUUCUGAGACUGGUGUCUGACCUGAGAAACCACCCUGUGUCCUCCCUGAUGGCCAUCGGGCAGCCCAUGGUGAUCAGCUCGGACGACCCCGCCAUCUUUGGUGCCAAGGGCUUGUCCUAUGAUUUCUACGAGGCCUUCAUGGGCAUUGGGGGCCAGGAGGCUGACCUGAGGACCCUCAAAAAGCUGAUCAUCAACUCUAUCAAGUACAGCGCCCUGACGACGGCAGAGAAAAACGCCUUUUAUAGCCGGUGGAAGGUGAGAUGGGCCGAGUUCAUCGCUAAGCUGGCGAAGAAGCCGGUGUGAGAAGACGGCUUCCCCUCUGCUCCCCACCAGCCAUCUGCUCUCGGUCCCUGACCACUCAUGGAUCGUUCUCCCCCCUUCCCGAGUCCACUCCUGUAUCUAGCCUGACCUUGUGAAGGUCAUAGCCUCAGUGUUGAUCGGACCUGUCAGACACGCCGAUCAGCUGACCAGUCAUGCUGAAACAUCCCUGUCACCCUCGGCGACGCCAAGGGUCCUGGCUGCCCUCCCCGACCAUGGCUUCAGCAGAGCCCCCCGCACCUGAUCCCCGCUGGCUCCUCUGGGCUCAGUCCUGGGCUCCUCUCUUCCUGUCUCUGGAGUUCUCUGCUCUCCCCUCUCCUUUUCUCGCUCUGCACGUUUCUUAGCUGGUCUCACCCAUCCCUUUGCUUUUAAAUACCAGUGACUUGGGGCUGGCAGGUGCAUGGUCGUUGGGGGUGCUGGAUACCCACAUAGCUGACCGUGGUUCAAAUCCUGGACCUGGCAGCUGGCUUUUUCACUCCUCCCCCCACCCCCAUCCCU